ACAACAAUCUCAUUCCAGUUUCACUACCUACAUUCUAAAUUCGAUCUAAUUCCGCUCAAAAUUGCCAAAAAACUUAUUCAAUUUCACUCCCUGUAUUCUCUGUUCGAUCAAACUCACCCCCAAAGCUCAAUCUUAUACACCAAAAACAGCAAAAGAUGGAGAACAUGUUUAGGCUCAUGGACAGUGAAGAUUUCUUGUCGCGACGCUGCAUUUGGGUGAACGGACCGAUUAUCGUCGGGGCCGGGCCCUCGGGGCUAGCCACCGCGGCCUGCCUCCGCGAGCAAGGUGUGCCCUUCGUCGUUCUAGAAAGAGCCGAUUGCAUAGCCUCUCUAUGGCAGAAAAGAACAUACAACAGGCUCAAGCUUCACCUGCCCAAGAAAUUCUGUGAAUUGCCCAAAAUCCCCUUCCCGGAGCACUUCCCGGAGUAUCCGACAAAGCGACAGUUCAUCGAGUACCUUGAGUCCUACGCAAAGCGGUUCGAGAUCAGCCCGAGGUUCAACGAGUGUGUUCAGUCCGCUAGGUACGACGAGACAAGCGGACUCUGGCGAGUCAGGACCACCGUAUGCGGUGGCGCGUCGCCGGUAAAAACGGAGGUGGAGUACAUCUGCCGGUGGUUGGUGGUGGCGACUGGUGAGAACGCGGAGAGGGUCGUGCCGGAGAUAGACGGAUUGACGACGGAGUUCGACGGCGAAGUGAUCCACGCGUGCGAGUACAAGUCCGGCGAGAGUUACCGGGGGAAGAGAGUUCUUGUCGUCGGUUGUGGAAACUCCGGCAUGGAAGUGUCGCUCGAUCUCGCUAACCACGGCGCUUGCCCCUCCAUGGUGGUCCGGAGCUCGGUUCACGUGUUACCGAGGGAGAUUCUGGGCAAAUCAACAUUCGAAAUAGCGAUGAUGAUGAUGAAAUGGUUGCCUCUGUGGCUCGUAGACAAGCUCUUGUUGAUCUCCGCGUGGGUGAUUCUUGGGAACUCAGCAAAGUACGGUCUCAAGAGACCAGAGAUGGGACCCAUGGAGCUGAAGGGUACCACCGGAAAAACUCCGGUGUUGGACAUCGGUGCACUUGACAAGAUCAAGUCCGGCCACGUCAGAGUAGUCCCCGGAAUCAGACGGUUCUCAGGCCGCCACGUGGAGCUCGUCAACGGCCAGAUGCUUGAGAUGGACGCCGUUGUUCUCGCCACCGGUUACCGCAGCAAUGUCCCAUCUUGGCUUCAGGAUGACGAUCUUUUCUCGAAGAACGGAUUCCCGAAAUCGCAUUUCCCGAACGCGUGGAAGGGGAAAUCGGGUCUAUACGCGGCCGGAUUCACCAGAAGAGGACUGUCUGGUGCGUCUGCAGACGCCAUGAAAAUUGCUCAGGACAUUGGAAAUGUUUGGAGAGAAGAGACCAAACAACAGAAGAAGAGGACGAGGGCGUGUCACCGCAGAUGCAUUUCACAGUUCUGAAGAGAACGGAUUCCAGUUUCUUAGAGCCCAAGUUAGGUUUUUUUUCUUCUUCUCUCAUUUAUUUAAUGGUUUAAUAUACAAGAAAAAAAAAGGUGUGACCAUAUCUGUAAAAAAAAACAAAAGUAUACGCAUUACAUAAUUUACAUUAACAGUGUAUGUAUACGGAGAAGAGGAGAGCCCUCUCCUGAAGGUCCACCAGUGUUUUUUUUUAAGGCUGUGUGGG